GUGACAGCCUGGCUCAUGUUUCUCAGGAAAGUGCUAAGCCAGUUAUUAAUAACAGCCCAGCAAGUCUCCUGAGCCACCUAGGAGCAGAUGGUGUUUUUCACAAAAGAGAGAGAUCAUCUCCUUGACUUUGGACUUCACUUAUUGAACCCCUGAACAGCUGUCAUCUGUUUCUGGAAUCUUAAGGAGACAAAUCACCAUUAUGCUGGAAAAACAGUAACCAUCCCAACAGGACAUUUCCAUCAUGAAACCCUGUAGGCCAGUACAAAAGUUUUGGUCUCUUCCAACGUCUGACUAGGUCUCAUAAUUACAGACCAAAAAAGAAAAAAAAAAUGCAAAAACAUCAACAAGGAACCAAGGUUGCUAAGAGACCACCUGUGCUGAAUGCACUUUGUCCUAGGAAGAGCAGCCAGAGAGAAAACCGAGGAGCAGCAUUAUCUACCACUGCCCGGAUUAAAUCAGGAAGCUGAAGCAUUUCGGAUAUGAUGUGUAAAAAUUGGAUAUUAAUUUCUACUACUACCCCCACAAGUCUAGAAGAUGAAAUUGUGGGAAGACUUCUAAAAAUUUUGUUUGUAAUCUUUGUUGACUUCCUGUCUAUUAUAUAUGUUGUUAUAACUUCUUAGAAAACUGACUUCCUUUACUUUACUUGUGAAUUUCAUAUUGAACUCCAGUGAAUAAAAUUUUAUAAUUUAAUACGUU